AUGAUCAACCCUGCAAAUGUUGUGAAGAUUUUCGCUGAUCGAGCAUCGAACUUAUUGUCUACUGUGUCGAACAGCGUGACCUCCGCCACUAUUGUCACAAAUCGUGAAUGUGAAGUAACCGACCUGUUGUGCGGUGUGCUGGAAUCGAUUACUAGCAGCCACUCCCACACCUUAGUCGAAACAACUCUUGAUCAUGAGUUAGCCGAUGACGAAUUGAUCAGUGAUGUCGAGUGCGAAGAUACAGAUGAAGGAACAUGGGAUCCCAACUGGAAUGAUGAGGAUGAAGAUGAAGAGACGGCGUUGUGCAAACAGUUUUCACUCGAUUAUAUGGCCAAGGCAGUCAAAUUCUAUAAUGAAAUUAAUCCACAAACUGGAAAACGAAAGAGACGAUGGGAGACGGUGAAACACAACUUCCAACGUAUCCCGCAUCAAACCUAUCUCUCGCGCUGGAACUAA